UUUUAGCUUUCCCAGCCCACAACGCUGCUUUCAAAGGGGACUUGUUAGUGCUUAGAAGAUUAGUGAGAAGUGGAGUAAUCAAUAUUAAUGAGCGGGAUGAUAAGGGAUCCACUCUCCUGCACAAAGCAGCUGGACAGGGGCGUAUCCAUUGCCUACAGUGGUUGAUUGAAAUGGGAGCUGACUGUGGCAUUACAAAUGACGCUGGAGAGACUCCAAAGGAUGUAGCCAAGAGAUUUGCACAGCUGGCAGCUGUGGAACUUUUGACACAAAGAACUGGAGACAGUAACUCUAGCGAUGAAGAACUAGAUGCAAACAACAUACAGUUUUUUGAAAGACAUGGCGUGGAAGGGAGUACAGAUAGCAAAGAAGAUUUAACCCUGGAUAAAGAAGAGAAAAGGAACGCACGCAUAAGGGCCUAUCGCAAGAUUCAAGAACUUCAGCAACUUCUAGAAAUUGCCUACAGCAACUACAGACAGCUGGGAGGAAUAACUGAAGAGGAGAAGAAGAUGAAAAAAGAAGAAAGGGAAGUUGAGAAGGCUGUGAAGGAGCUGGAGGCCCAGCUGGAAUAUGAGCGGGUCAGGCGGGAGAAGCUGGAGAGCCAGCUGGAUGACUGCCGUGCGGAGAUAAGCCGCCUGAGAGAGAGCCUGGAGAAAACCCGCAUCCCCCCUCCUCUCCCCGCGGAAGCUGAGGCCAUCCCCACAUCUUGCAAAGAGAAAAAGAAAGUAAAGAAACCAGCCUGCAGCCCGGGAGGAGCGACUGUGAGACGGCGCUGA